GGUCCACAACUACAGGCUACAGAGCGGCAACAGGAUCCGCUUCACCACCGCCUUUCUCCCGCGCUCGCUCUCCUCUGUGCACGCGUCUUCGUCGUGCGGAAAGUUGCAGGACUAUUUGUGAAACAACACAAGUCCUGUACGACACUUAGUCCUCUGCGUGAACUACAAAGGCGAUCUGGACCGUUGUAAAUCCACCACUAUGUGAAAUACAACAAGAAGAAAACAGAAUGUCUUACAAAGUGUUUGGAUUUUUUUUUCGAGGAUUGUUUUUUUGCUGACCUCGUUGAUUUAGGGAAAACAUUUAUAUAUAUACAAACUGCAGCCUGAUAAGGAAAAGCCGCUCUAAUUUCAAACCACAUGCCAACAUUGGAUGAGACCGCGGCGCCUGGAUCUUGUGCAAUAAGAGAAAUGGUGGUUUCGGACGGAAUACAACAGUUUUGCUUUAAAUGGAGAACUGCUCAGAGGGGAUAAAUUGUGUGCAAAGUUGUGCUGCUUUCUGCUGAGGGAGCUAUCCAUCCGGCUUCCACCGAAUUACCACGAGUCCGAGGAGAGACAUGGGGCCGCUCCGGUGGUUGGGACUCACCGCGCUUCUCCUGUGCACAGCCGUGGACACCAAGGUGAUCCUGGAGGGUUUGCAGAGGUUUGGCCCCACACCAAUAUAUCUACCUGUCAGCUACCAGAUCCUCAAUGCAGAGUCAGCGUUCUUUUUACAGGAGGCAAACCAGGACUUAAUGAGGAACUCCAGCCUCCAGGCUCGCACGGAGUCCUUUUUCAUCCACCAGGCCCGGCAGAUGCCCUUUGUCAAUGCUAGCUAUGGACCACUGUCUGUCCAGCAGCCUGUCCCCCUGGAGCUGCUACAGACUUCGCCAGGGCCCUUUAGCACACCCUCUUUCACUUCAUCCUCAACAACAUCAGCGUCGGCAUCGCCUCUCUUUACAUUCAACUGGAAGGUGCACACUUACAUUAUCAGCGAGAGGAUUCACCCUAGCUGGCCGAAAGUUCAAGUGCUGUUCUAUAUUGCAGGCAGGGACUGGGAUGAUUACAGCACCAUCCACAAGCUACCCUGUAUCAGGAUGUUUGCCUUUCAUGAGACUCAAGAGGUGCGUGGAACAUGCAAGCUAAAAGGCGAGCUGGGGAUAUGUGUUGCCGAGCUGGAGCCCCUGGCCAGCUGGUUCAGCCCACCUACUGUCAGGCCUGGUAGGCAGAAGGUCUCCGAGGAGGCCCAAGGCACUCCUGUGGAGCUCUACUAUAUGGUUCAAACCACAGAUAACGGAGACUGCACUUCAGAGGAUUCAAGAAAGGGCAGCUCUGUCCUCACAGACCAGCCGAGGCCGUUAGGGUACUUUGCAGGGCAUACCCCUAUGCAGCGCAUUGGAAGUGUCAGACUGUUUCAGCCACUGUCGGAGCUGAAACUAGACAAUAACUUUGUGGUGAUGGCACCCUCCAAACCCAUUCGGCAGCGAGAAACAGUCUCGACUUUUCUGGCUCUAUCUGCUCUUUCUUCAGUACAAAUUUUCACCCUCAGGGUCAAGCUGAAAGAUGGAGUGGCGUUCUUGGGAGCUAGAGCCAGUAACCCAGUUAUGUGGACGGUGAGUCAGGAUGUCAGAAGUGAAGGUCACAGAGUUGUCACCCUGCACUGCCACAGGAAGGAGAAUAGCUUCAGUCAAAGAAUGGAGGCAGUGGGCUACCAGCGAGUGCUACAAGUAGACUUGGAGGUAAAUGGGCUGAUGGUAACUCAGGGGAGCAGGGAGGUGGCAUGGCAGGUCGAGUAUCCGCUCACGCGCACCCUGACCAGUGAAGUGCAGACUCUCAUCCGUCUGGCACCGCAGGACCUGGGUGGCAUCGUGCCACUGGCCAUGGACACUGAAAUUCUUAACACGGCUGUGCUCACUGGGCGUACUGUCGCUGUUCCGGUAAAGGUCGUCACUGUAGGGACGGAUGGUGCGGUCUCUGAUGUUACAGAGUCAGUGGAGUGCAAGUCAACGGAUGAACAGGUUAUCAAGGUGUCAGAGCGCUGUGACUAUGUGUAUGUCAAUGGAAAGGAGACAAGAGGAAAAAACAGAGUGAUGCUUAACUUCACCUAUAGUUUUCUGAAUGCACAACUCGAGAUGAGCGUAUGGAUGCCCCGCCUGCCCUUGCUAAUUGAUGUGGCUGACCCUGAGCUCAGCCAGAUUAAGGGUUGGAGGGUCCCUGUUAGUAUGGGCAAUAGGAGGUACGAGAGGGUCACAGAUGAUAAGGAUGGUGUCGAUCCAGUAGAGGGGAGGACAGAGACUGCUUGUGUUGCCCAGUACCAAAGCACCACUCUGCGCAUCCUCACCCACUUUGUGGCUGACAUCAGUGAAAGUAGAGGAGCCAUGGAGGAAGAUGUACUGGGCCAGCAGACCUUCCUGCUGGGCACCGACUGGCAGGUGGAUGUGACACAGUUGGUGAAGGAGUCUCUGAGGGUGGAGGACCCAAAGGUUGCCCAGCUUCUGGACGACCAAGUCGUAAUCGGGCUGAGCACUGGAAACACCAAACUACAGGUGCUGUCCCCUCUGACAUCAUCAGUCCUGGCUGAGAGGAGCAUCAGAGUGGUGGAUGAUAAAGUGAGCGUGACAGAGCUAGGGGUGCAGUUGGUAUCUGGAUUAACUCUGUCCCUGCAGCUCAGCCCAGGCAGCAACAGGGCUAUUGUUGCCACUGCAACAACACAGGGAGUUAUUGAAUCUCUCAAGCAGGAGUCCCUCAUCAGUGCUUGGCUUCAUUUCAGUGACGGAUCCAUGACUCCUCUAGAUAACUACAACCCUGCCCAUUUUACCCUGGCAGCCACCUCAUUGGAUGAACAGGUUGUGGUGGUGCAGCAAAGUCCAGCAUGGAAGUGGCCUAUCAUUGUUGCCAAAGGAGAAGGUCAAGGUUUGCUUGUACGUGUUGAAAUGAGCCCAUCAGAAAUGUGCCAGAAGGGAAAACGACAUACUGUUUUAGCCACAGGAAUGGCGAGCACACAUGUAAGACUUGGUCAAACAGAGGAACAAUUCAGACAACCAGGUGGCCGACGUACACGUCCUGACCCUCCAUAUUAUGGCGGAUCUAUCUCUGACAUGGAAACUGGGUUAAAUAACCGUGGAGCCACUACCAUCAGGGGCCAUGUUCCAGUGAGGCCAAGUGGGGGCCGUCUUUCAGCAGAAGUUGGAGCAAGGGCUCCAAAUGAAUUCUCUGAAUAUCCCGAUCAGGCCGAGCUGCCUCGGAGCCGCAGCACCGAUGAGGACUUGUUGACCUCCCGACGAGGCCUGACGGACUUGGAGAUCGGUAUGUAUGCCCUGCUGGGAGUUUUCUGUCUGGCCAUCUUGGUUUUUCUCAUUAACUGCAUCUCUUAUGCAUACAAGUACCGUAGCAAGCAGCUCUCCUUGGAGGCUCCAGAGGCAAUGCCUCAUGCACAUGACUGGGUUUGGCUUGGCCAAGAGGAGGGGCUAUGUCUCCAACAACAGCAGCAGGACGAACUGGGCGGUACCCUAGAAGAAGGUAGUCAGCUAUUAAAUGGAGGCCUCCAGCGAGGUAAUACUGGUGGAGCAGGAUGUAGCUCAAGUGGGAGGGAUCACAGGAAUGAGUCACUUAACUCACCCACCACCAAGAGAAAGCGGGUGAAGUUCACCACUUUUUCAAGUGUCAAGUCCAGUAAUGGGUGUCCUGCCCUCAGCCCCUUAGCACUAGUGCAGACCAGUGAGAUAAAAUGGGUAUGUCCAGACAUCGAGCUCGGAGACUCAAAGGAUCUUAGGAACUACAUGGAAAAGCUUAAUGAGAACGCAAUUAAGAACAUUGCAUAGGGGGUACUGGGUGUUUUCAUUGAACUAAAGAGAAACUCACCUGAAUGCCUUCAGACUAACAAGGGAAGGAGGAUUACAAAGGAAAAGAAGGAGAGGUGAAGAAGAGACUGAAGCCGCUGUUAAACUGUACACCUUACCAUAGCAAGAGGAUAGUGCAUUCAGCCUCUGUUUUUUUUCAUGAAAGUACUCAGAAAAGGUCAAGCUAUGGACUACAAAAAGAUACCACAACACCACAGCAUCAAGAGGAAAAUGUGAAAUUAGUAUUGUUGCUUAAAUUAAAUGUAUGUUCUUUGUUUCUAGUUUUCUUUCCUACGCACCAUCUACACCGCUUUGUUUUGUGUUUUGUUUUUUCAAAUCGCCAUGUUUUAAUAUCACGUUUGUUGUAAUUUUUGCGACUUUCUGUUAUUUUUCUAGAGGCUUCUUUCCCUGUCAGAAGUUAUUGAAUCUAGGAGAGUAAGGUUAAAAGAAAUUUUGUAUUGUAAAUAAAAGCAGAGUUUAAUUUGGAGGGACUGUAUGUAUAGCAACAUUUUUUAAAGUGAUGUAUGGUUUUGUUUUGCUUUUGUUUCUUUUCAGUUAGUUUUGUCUCCAGAAAGCAGAUCCAUGCAUGAUGUUAUUUAAAAGGAGGCAUGUGAGUCUGAUCUGGUAUGCAAACUGAAAAUUUGUAGAUAACUAAUACCAGUACCCCUGGAGACAUGUCAUUCACUGUGGGUGAGUUUAGCUUUGGAUUCAAUAUGUUGAUGUUGGUUUAAGAGAUUUAUUGGGCCCUACAUUUUCCCUCCUUAUAUUGGUUUAUGUAACCUCCUGUCGCAUAGUUCACAUAAAACUGACUUUUUAGGAUUCAAAAGGACAAAUUUUGAUUAAAUCAGAAUAGUCAAUAUAAAUAUACUGGCACAACCAAAAGUAUCAAAGACAAUCACAUUUAAAAAAAAAAAAAAAAAAUUCUUCAUUAUAAUUUUCCCAUAAAACUUGUCCAGGUUUCAAGUUGUGUGGCCCAAAUUAGGUGGAUGUCAGAAAACACAUUUACAGUGAUUUUUCAAAUUGCUGUAUGACAUUUUGAAUCCCUGUAAACUGUAGAAGAAAGCCCAAAUCUGACCCGUUCGCUUUUUGUCAUAAGCAGUAUUAGUCAAGUCCAACAUUUUCUACUGUAUGUCUGUUUUAAAAUUGGCUGCUGGACUAAUUAA